AGGCGGAUGUCCGGGCCGGCUGGGCCGGGGCCGCGGACGAGAUGGCGGAAGGUGGAGGCUGUCGUGAGCGACCGGAUGCGGAGACCCAGAAAUCGGAGCUCGGGCCCUUGAUGAGGACCACGCUCCAACGAGGGGCGCAGUGGUAUCUUAUUGACAGCCGGUGGUUCAAGCAGUGGAAGAAGUAUGUGGGCUUCGACAGCUGGGAUAUGUACAAUGUGGGUGAACACAAUCUGUUUCCUGGCCCGAUAGAUAAUUCUGGACUCUUUUCAGAUCCGGAGAGUCAGACCUUGAAAGAACAUUUAAUUGAUGAAUUGGACUAUGUAUUGGUCCCAACCGAGGCCUGGAAUAAAUUACUCAACUGGUAUGGCUGUGUAGAAGGCCAGCAGCCCAUUGUCAGAAAAGUUGUGGAGCAUGGCCUGUUUGUCAAGCACUGCAAGGUGGAGGUAUAUUUGCUGGAACUGAAGCUCUGUGAGAAUAGUGACCCCACCAAUGUGCUGAGUUGCCAUUUCAGCAAGGCAGACACCAUUGCGACCAUCGAGAAGGAGAUGCGGAAGCUGUUCAAUAUCCCUGCUGAGCGUGAAACACGGCUGUGGAACAAAUACAUGAGCAACACUUACGAGCAGCUGAGCAAGCUAGACAACACUGUCCAGGAUGCGGGGCUGUACCAGGGUCAGGUGCUAGUAAUUGAGCCCCAAAAUGAAGAUGGCACAUGGCCGAGGCAGACUUUGCAGUCAAAAUCAAGCACUGCACCUAGCAGAAAUUUUCCUACCUCUCCAACAUCAUCAGCAAGUCCCUAUUCCUCAGUGUCUGCCUCUCCCAUUGCAAAUGGUGAUAGCACUAACACCUCUGGGAUGCACAGUUCCGGUGUCAGCAGGGGUGGAUCUGCCUUCUCUUCUUCGUAUAAUUGUCAGGAGUCCCCAUCGCCUCACAUACAGCCUGGGCUCUGCGGACUGGGAAACCUUGGGAACACUUGCUUCAUGAACUCUGCUUUACAGUGCUUGAGCAACACCGCACCACUGACUGACUACUUUCUCAAAGAUGAGUAUGAGGCUGAGAUCAACAGAGACAAUCCGCUGGGAAUGAAAGGGGAAAUUGCAGAAGCCUACGCAGAGCUCAUUAAACAGAUGUGGUCUGGAAGGGACGCUCAUGUGGCACCUCGCAUGUUCAAAACCCAAGUGGGACGUUUUGCCCCUCAGUUUUCUGGCUACCAGCAACAAGACUCUCAGGAGUUGUUAGCCUUUCUUCUAGAUGGAUUGCACGAAGAUCUGAACCGAGUAAAGAAGAAGCCCUACCUGGAGCUGAAGGAUGCCAAUGGGCGGCCAGAUGCGGUGGUGGCAAAGGAAGCCUGGGAAAAUCACAGGUUGAGGAAUGACUCUGUGAUUGUGGACACGUUUCAUGGUCUCUUCAAAUCUACUUUGGUUUGCCCAGAAUGCGCUAAGGUUUCUGUGACCUUUGACCCAUUUUGCUAUUUAACUCUCCCACUGCCCCUGAAGAAAGAUAGAGUUAUGGAGGUCUUCCUGGUUCCUGCUGACCCUUGCUGUAGACCUACUCAGUACCGCGUGGUUGUGCCGUUGAUGGGAGCCGUGUCUGACCUGUGCGAGGCUCUCUCCAGGCUGUCUGGCAUUGCUGCGGAAAACAUGGUGGUCACAGAUGUAUAUAAUCACCGGUUCCACAAAAUUUUCCAAAUGGAUGAAGGUUUAAACCACAUCAUGCCUCGGGAUGACAUUUUUGUGUACGAGGUCUGCAGCACCUCCGCCGAUGGCUCCGAGUGUGUCACGCUUCCAGUCUACUUCAGGGAAAAGAAGUCCAGGCCAUCGAGCACUUCCUCCGGGGCAGUGCUCUAUGGGCAGCCACUGCUGGUUUCUGUUCCCAAGCACAAGCUAACCCUCGAGGCUCUGUACCAGGCCGUUUGUGAGCGUAUCAGCCGCUAUAUAAAACAGCCUUUGCCUGAUGAGUCUGGCAGCUCGCCCUUGGAGCCGGGGUCCUGCAAUGGCUCCAGGGGCAGCUGCGAAGGAGAAGAUGAAGAAGAAAUGGAGCAUCAGGACGAAGGCAAAGAGCAGCUUUCAGACACAGAAGGCAGUGGGGAGGACGAGCUGGGAAGUGACCGCGGUGAGACCACCCAAAAGAAGGUCAAAGGCGAGUCCUGCCCGAAAAGGCUUUUUACCUUCAGCCUCGUGAACUCCUACGGAACAGCUGAUAUAAAUUCCCUUGCAACUGAUGGAAAACUACUUAAACUCAACUCUCGAUCCACACUGGCCAUCGAUUGGGACAGUGAGACCCGGAGCCUUUAUUAUGAUGAGCAAGAAUCUGAGGCCUAUGAGAAGCACGUGAGCAUGUUGCAGCCUCAGAAGAAGAAGAAGACCGCGGUGGCCCUGAGAGACUGCAUCGAGCUCUUCACCACCAUGGAGACCCUAGGGGAGCAUGACCCCUGGUACUGUCCCAACUGUAAGAAGCAUCAACAGGCCACGAAGAAGUUUGACCUGUGGUCCUUGCCGAAGAUCCUGGUGGUCCACCUCAAACGUUUCUCCUACAACAGAUACUGGAGAGAUAAACUCGACACAGUUGUGGAAUUCCCGGUCAGAGCUCUAAACAUGUCCGAGUUUGUCUGUGACCUGUCAGCAAGGCCUUAUGUGUACGACCUCAUUGCCGUGUCUAAUCAUUACGGAGCCAUGGGGGUUGGCCACUACACCGCAUACGCGAAGAACAAACUGAACGGGAAAUGGUAUUAUUUUGAUGACAGCAAUGUGUCCCUGGCCUCCGAGGAUCAGAUAGUGACAAAAGCAGCUUACGUGCUAUUUUACCAACGUCGAGAUGAUGAAUUUUGUAAGACACCUUCACUCGUCAGUUUUCCUGGAGCCUCUGAGGGAGGGACGAGCCCAAGCAGCUCACAGCAGGGCAUGGGGGACGACGAGGCUUGCGGCAUGGACACCAACUGACGCUGUCCCCGGGCCUCUGCCGUCCCACAGCACCAGUGUAAUCCCCCAGGAGGACAUCUUUGACACCUUGGAGACUACUAGUCUAAAAACCAGAUGAGGAAAUUCCCUUUUAUGAACAGAAGGAAAAAAAAAAGACCCUGUUUGCUCAGAAGGAUUAUGUCAAGAGGCUGAAUUCUUUCCUUUUACACAGGUGGUGAGAAAUUUCUUGUAAGACCUGCGGAGCUGGAAGUUAGGGGGCGGGGGGCGCACAGUGGAGUGUGUCCUGUGCAUUCAAAGAAUGGAGAGGAACACUGAGUAUGAAGACCUGCAGCAGGCUGCCCUGAGUCCUGGAGUUCUUACUCUGGUGCUGAUUACCCGUCACCCCAGCAGUGUGCCCACAGUAAACCAAGCCUCAAGUUCACUUGAUGUUGUCCCCUGCUCCCUCGCUGUGCACUGAGAUGGCUUUUAAUUCCCUCAAAAUUAGCCACUGAAGCCCGUUUCUGUGUCCCUUUAAGCCAUCUUGGAAUUUCCAUCUUUCUUCCCUCUAAUGAAAUGAAAAUAUUUGGUGUUGGGGUCUCCUGCCCCUCAA